CGAUGGAAAGCUUAUAUAGAAGAACACGAUUAUGAAAUGUAUUAUAAACCAGGUAAAUCCAAUGUUGUAGCAGAUGCUUUGUCUAGAAUUCAAUAUAAUUCUUUGACACCCACUAGGAAUUCAGCAGAUGAUGAUGACAGUUGUUAUAUACCAUCAACUGAAUCACCUAUCAAUGUUUUUAGGAAUCAACUUAUUUUCAAAAUAGGACCUAACUCUAAUUAUCAGUUAGAAGUUCCUUUCCCAGGUUACAAAAGACAUAUUUUCACAGAACAACGUUUUACAAUUGAAUUUUUAAAAUCAAAAAUGAAAAAUUAUUUAAACCCAGGUUUAUUGAAUGGUAUUUAUACUAGCGAACCUAUAAUGGCUAUUAUUCAGGAAAUUUAUAAGGAACAUUUUAAUCCAAGAAAUGUUAAAGUGAGAUAUUCUCAAAAACAGGUUACUGACCUAAGUGAUGAAGAAAGACAAUUGGAAGAAAUCAAAAUUAUACAUUUAUUUGCUCAUCGAAAUGCUAAGGAAAAUGCUUUGCAGUUGUUGAAAAAUUUUUACUUCCCCAGAAUGAAUAAAAUUGUUCAACAAUUUGUAAAGACAUGCGAAAUUUGCAAAACGGAAAAGUAUGAAAGAAAUCCCCAAAAGUACAUCUACGUAAAAACCCCUAUUCCAAAUUACCCAUGUGAAAUUAUUCACAUCGAUAUUUUUGUUUACGAUCAGAACAAUCUUUUUAUAUCUUCAAUAGAUAAAUUUUCCAAAUUUCUUAAAAUGAGAUCGAUUAAAUCAAAAUCUAUUAUGGAUAUACAAGAUGUGUUAAUACAGUUAUUAUUUGAUUGGGAUGUGCCAUCACAAAUUAUUAUGGAUAAUGAAAGCACUUUUGUUUCCAAUGUAAUUGAACAAAGAAUUAGGAAUUUAGGUAUUGAAAUUUAUAAGACACCAAUACAUCGAUCCGAGACGAAUGGACAAGUAGAAAGAUGCCAUUCGACAAUUAGAGAAAUUGUUAGGUGUAUUAAACUUGAAAAUCCAGAGUUAUCUGUAAAUGAACUUAUACAAAUGGCAGCUCAUAAAUAUAAUAAUAGUAUACACUCUUUUAUAAAAAACACACCACACAAUAUUUUAUUAGGAGAAAAUGAUCAAAAUCUUACGUUUGAACAAAGAGGUAGACAAAGGGAUUUUAAUAAUGAAAGGAUUACGAACUUAUUUAGGAAGGCAGAUGAAAAAAUAAAUCAAGAUAAUCAGUACCAAAUAUUUGAUCCAGGAACAGUAGCUUAUGAGAAGAUGCAUGAAUUAUCCAAGAAAAAGAGUCGAUAUAGAAAAAUACUAGUUAAAGAAAACCAUGAUACAUAUAUUAUUGACAAUUCCAACAGAAAAAUUCAUAAAUGCGAUUUAAGGAAAUUUCUUUGAAUUCUUUUCGUUUCAGAUUUAUUAUUGUUUCCAUUACAUUUUAUUUUACAUUUAUUAAUUCACUUAUGCAUAUCCAUGAUCUUUCAAAUAGCCCACUUGCAAUAAUACCCUUAGGAGAAGCCAAGAUUAAGAUUGGUUUUGUUAGAAUUAUACAUCCUAUAGACUUAGAUGAUAUAAAGGAAGUUAUAUUGAAAAUUAACAAAGAUGUUCAACAAAGAGAAAUUUGCAAUAGUUUACAGGAGCUUAUCAAAAUUAAGAAUCAGAAACUUUAUGAAACUUAUUUGAAAAUCAAACCAUUUAUAAGAAGAUUUAAGAGAUGGGAUGCAAUAGGAUCAACAUGGAAAUGGAUUGCAGGAUCACCGGAUGCGGAGGAUUUACGAAUUAUAAACUCAUCAAUUAAUUCGCUUGUCAACAACAAUAAUCAGCAGAUUAUGAUCAACAGAGCACUAAAUGCGCAGAUGCAAGGAAUAACGGACGUUACUAAUGAACUCUUAAGGAAACAAUAUGACGCAAUGCAGAACCACUCGAUUGAAAUAAGUCAAUUGAUAAUUUUAUCAAAUUUAGAUUUAUUGCAAAACCAGAUGGAAACACUAGAGGAUGCUAUACUCUUGGCUAAGCAUGGAAUUCCCAGUAGUAAGUUGUUGUCAAUUCACAGCUUUAACCAUAUCGCAACAUCAUUACAGCAACACGAUAUUUACCUAUCAUCAUUCGAAGAAUUAUUAACCAGAUCAACAGCACAGGUAGUACUGAACUCAACGCAUAUAGUCUACAUAUUGAAAAUUCCCCAGCUAUCGAAAGAGAUUUAUGAAUAUGAUUAUAUUGAUUCUAUUAUAAAAAAUGAAAAACGGAUCAUUCUACAACAAAAUUAUAUUUUGAGAAAUACAACACAUAUAUUUGAAACAAAUCAACCCUGUAUUGAGCAAGAUGGAUAUUAUCUUUGCGAAACAUUACCACUAACAUAUACAUCGGAAUGCAUCGAUUUACUGAUUAAAGGUAAACAUUCAAAUUGCAGCUUUGAGAGGAUUUACUCGAAUGGAAUCAUCAAGAGAAUUAACGAUGGAACAAUUCUGGUAAACAACGCAGUUGUGGAAGUUUCUUCGAAUUGUAGUAACUCAGAUCAAAAACUGAACGGAACAUAUUUAAUUCAGUUUGAGCAGUGCAGUUUACGAAUCAACGGAGAACUUUACUCUAAUUUUGAAAUCUCAGUAGCAGGACGAGCGUAUAUGCCGACAACAGGACAGCUUGUUCACCAAAUCAAUAUAAUUGAUGCACCACCACCAGAGUAUUUACGAAAUCUAACAUUGGAACAUCGUGAUAAAUUGGAACAGAUACAUUUGGAGAAUCGUUCAUUAUCAUGGAAAUUCAACGUCUUUGGAUCAAUUGGAUUAUCUACAAUCUCAAUGAUAAUCAUAAUCAUAAUUGUUAUGCUUUACUUUUCAAAACUCUCUUUCACCAGAAUAAACCUAGAAAUGCCAAAACAGGAGAUACCUCUGAAGGAGUUAGCCACGGCACCCGAGGAAAUAAGCAAUGAGUCAUCGGAUGAAUUAUCAGAUGACAGAAGACGAGAAAUCGAAAGUUUUGUCAACAUGCCUUCACCGUACAGGAAUGUAAGCCAAACGCUUAGUCAACUUUGCGGACAAAGUUGAUUUAAGAGGGGAGGAGUUACGACCAGACCUACCAGAUGAUAGCCGACACUUGGUUAUGGCUAAUUAAUGGAGUCAUGCGCGCAGUCAUAUGUGGAAUCAUAACACCUGUGUCAAUAAUAGGAAAGCCGGCAGUUCGUCAGUAAACCCAAACACUGAUUAGCGGACCAGCAGUGGAGACCAGACGCAGUACCCAGAAUCUAAACAGUUGCAUUCCAUUCUGAGCUAUAUAAAGCAUAGGAACCAUUUGAUCAUUGUCUUUAGUUUCUAUCUAACUUCCAAUAGUGAAUAAUGUGUUAGUUUUAAGUUAGGUUUAAGGAAAUAAAAGUUUUUUUUUUACUCAACCGAGUAGAGAAAAGCCUAAUUUUCCGUCUCGGGAAACAAGGGAUUCUCGAGAUGAAUGUAAAAAUUGAUGAAAUCUAAUUAAUUUUAAUGCAAAAAAAAAAACAAUGACGUUUUCUCUCAGAUUUAAGUUUUGUUUGAUGAAUAGAAAAGCAUUUGGAAGUGAAGAUAAUAUAAAUGGGUUUUCAUUGUCAUGAAAAUGUUAAAUGACCAGCCUCACCGAUUAGCAACGUGCUGCUUCUAGGAAUAGAUCCAGAUCAGCCAGCGAUUGGCACUGAUUGGAAGUUUAUCUCUUUGAUCAGACAUAAACGUCAAUUUGGGUAAGCUUAAUGAAGCAUAAAAAACUCAUUUCAUUCUAAUUGCUCAUACGUCUGCGUAUCAGACUUGACUUUACCAAUGCGUUUGCCAACGUUGGCACAAGAACGGGAUCUGAAGGAGCAGAAGCACUUGCGGAGGCUCAAGCAGCUAAUUAUGAUUCUGGUUAUGGAUUCUCUGGAGCAAACACCAACGCAAACUCUUUCAACCAAAACUAUGGAGGAUACGAUUUCUCUAGUGCCAAUGCGAAUGCCAAUGCGUUCAGCCAAGGAUUUGGCCCUAAUGGAUUCGGCAGCAGCGCAGCAAAUGCACAAGCUCAGUCAUUCGAAAGUGGCGGUCCGCUUGGGUCAUUUGGGGCAUCUGCAGCCAAUGCCGCAUCGCAAGGGUUCACUUUUGGACCAGAUGGCCUCUCCGGAUCGGCAUCUUUCGGUGGCAGUCAAACGUAUAAUCUGCCAGGCGACAGAGACGUAUCGAUAUCGUACUCGCAAGGAAUUUCAAUUGGGCCGGAUGGACUGCCGACAUAUUCCGGGGGACAUGCACGAACAUCUAAACAUAUAACACUGAAUCAACAAUUUCAUGCCACAACACUCGAUUCGUGGCCGCAUCUCCAUCCUCGGUUCUGCCCUACGCUCGCCAAGUCGAUGCGCACUUGAUCCGCCCACCUAGCUUGCUGCGCCGGCAUUCUUGCAACAUGAUCUGCAUGUUGGAAGAUCAUGGAGAAGAAGAUCUCGGGCGAACACUUCGUUGUCUGCUUCGCGGACGACAUCGACAUUAUUGAAAGAAAAUUUGAAACGGUGACAGCUGUCACCUAGAUGCUUGACG